UCGCGAUUGACAAGUACAAGAUGUGGACUUCUACUCUGCUGUCGCUGUUCGCGGCUACUGCCUUUGCGCAGUACGCCACGCCAUCCAAUGGCUCGCUUGGCCCUGACGCUGAUGGCAAGUACGAGAUCUCCUCUGAGGGCAUUCGCGCGCACUUUAUUCCAUAUGGUGCGUCCGUGUCCAACUUGUUCAUCAAGGGCAAGGAUGGCGUCGAGCGCGAUAUCGUUCUUGGCUUCGACAAGGCGAUUGACUACGAGGGCAAAGCGCACCCGCAUUUGGGCGGUGUCCCCGGCCGUUACGCCAACCGCAUCAAGAACAGCACGUUCGAGAUCGACGGCGAGCGUUACAACAUCUUGCCCAACGAGAACAACAACAACAACACUUUGCAUGGUGGACCAAACGGCUGGGAUUACCGCAACUUUACUGUUGUCUCGCACACCAAGGACUCGAUCACCUUCUCGAUUGUCGACCCAGAUGGCGAACAAGGUUUCCCGGGCGAGGUCAUCAGCUAUGUCACAUACACCAUGACCCCGAACACAUGGAAGAUCAAGAUUGUGGCCAUGGCGACUACCAAGAAAACCCCUAUUAUGCUGACAUCCCACACCUACUGGAAUCUUGAUGGCUUCGCCAACCCCGAUACACCACUCGCACUCAACCACACUUUCCACCUCCCAUACUCUGGUCAGCGCAUUGGAGUGGACAACAUCCUCAUCCCUGAUGGCACUAUCCUGCCUAACGCACCAUACUCCGUGAAUGACUUCUGGACCGCGCCCAAGCAGAUUGGUGCUAACUACACCUCUCCUGAGCUCCUUGGCAACUGCGGUUUCAACUGCACUGGUUACGACAACUGCUACCUUGUCAACCGUGCUCAGAACGGUCCCUACGACUGGCGCCAGACUGGACCCGUCGCAUCCCUUUCCAGCGCGUGGUCAGGUAUCAAGAUCGACAUCUACUCAGACCAGGAGGCAUUCCAGAUGUACAGCUGCCCCGGUCAAGAUGGCACUCUCCCCAUCAAGAAGACGCAAGGUGUCGAGGGCCGCGCCGCCUUCGUGCAGAAGAACGGCUGCGUUGUCAUGGAAGUCCAGGACUGGAUCGCCGCGAUCAAUGUGCCAGAGUGGCAGCGCGAGAGCAAGCAAAUCUUCGGCCCCAACAGCAAGACCUACACUCUGGAGGCCGACUACGUUUUCUCGACUACGAAAUAA